GCGUUUGACAAAAGCUCCAUUAUGAUUGUUUACUCCAAACUUCAACUUCUCUGAAAAUACCAGUACAAAAAAUAAAAGCCAGUAAGUAAACAACAACAACAACAACAAAUACUUCACCCAAAAAACACCAAAAGAAAGAUGAGAGCCAGCAACCACUUGAUCGGAGUUGUAAACUUCUUAACCUUCCUCCUUUCGAUCCCAAUCCUCGGAGGUGGGAUAUGGUUGAGCAGCAGAGCCAACAACACGGAAUGCCUCAAGUUCCUCCAAUGGCCUCUCAUCGCCAUCGGCGUCGCCAUCAUGAUAGUCUCUCUGGCCGGUUUCGCCGGCGCGUGUUACCGCAACACCUUCUUGAUGGAGCUCUACCUCUUUGUCAUGUUCUUUAUCAUCGCCGCACUUAUCGGCUUCAUCAUAUUUGCUUACGCCGUGACCGAUAAAGGGUCGGGCCGGCCGGUUCAGAACAGAGCUUAUUUGGAUUAUAAUCUGGAGGACUAUUCCGGUUGGCUGAAGGACAGAGUGACGGAUAAUAGCUACUGGCCGAAGAUUAGCUCUUGUAUAAGGGACUCCAAAGUGUGUAGCAAGAUGGGUAGGACCGUUAAUGGUGUGCCUGAGACCUCUGACAUGUUUUCCUAUAGAAAGCUCUCUCCUAUUGAGUCUGGUUGCUGCAAGCCUCCAGCGGAGUGUGGAUACACCUACGUGAAUGAAACGACCUGGACGCCAGGAGGGGGGUUGGUCGGAGCCAACCCGGAUUGUACUACUUGGAACAAUGAUCAACAAAUGCUUUGUUAUUCCUGCAACUCUUGUAAAGCUGGUGUUCUUGGCAGCCUCAAGAAGAGCUGGAGGAAGGUCUCUUUGAUCAACAUUGUGGCAUUGAUAAUCCUAGUAAUCUUUUAUGUCGUUGGCUGUGCAGCAUUCAGGAACAAUAAGCGGAUGGAUAACGAUGAACCCUACGGGGAGGCUCGGAUGACAAAGGCACAACCUAGUAGGAUCCAUCUUUAACCAUGUUGGGGAAAAACAGAAACUAAUACUAUGUGUAAACUGUUUGUCCAAUAUUGUAUUCUGAGGUUUUGGCAAUUUACUAGUAGGACUGGUUUGUAUUAUAGACGGUAGACAUGAAUCUGUAAACUGUUAAAUUUAAGAUACUUCAUGGUAUGCUAUGUUAUUAAUCUUUA